AUGAAGUUUUCUUACAGUUUGUUGACGACGAUUGCUUUGGUUGCUUCUUCUGUUUCUGCGGAAGGUUCUUUGGGUUUCAACUUGGGUGUUGAGAACAACGAUGGUACUUGUAAGUCUAGCAGUGAUUAUGAGUCCAACUUGGAUAUUCUUUCUUCGUAUUCUCAGGUCUUGAAGGUUUACUCCGUUUCUGACUGUAAUACGCUUGAGUAUUUGGGCCCGGCUGCUGAGACCAAAGGCUUCAAGUUAGCUCUAGGUGUUUGGCCUACUCCUGACAGUAAGUUUUCUUCAGAAAAGGAAGCUUUGCAGUCCUAUCUUCCUAAAAUCUCAAAGUCUACCGUUCAGUCCUUUUUGGUCGGUUCAGAGGCUCUUUACAGAGAAGAUAUGACCGCUCAGGAAUUGGCUGAUGAUAUCAAUACGAUUAAAACUCUUCUUUCUGAUAUUGUGGACAAGAAUGGUGACUCCUAUAGUGAUGUGCCUGUUGGAACUGUUGACUCGUGGAAUGUUUUAGUUGACGGUGCCAAUACUGCUGCUAUUAAGGCUGCCGAUGUUGUCUACGCUAAUGCUUUCUCUUACUGGCAAGGACAGGCUAUGAACAAUGCCUCCUUCUCCUUCUUUGAUGACAUUAUGCAAGCUAUGCAAUCCAUCCAGACAAUCAAGGGUACUACCGACAUUGAGUUCUGGGUUGGAGAAACUGGCUGGCCAACUGAGGGUUCUAACUAUGGUUCUGCUGUUCCAAGUGUCGAUAAUGCUGCUCAGUUCUGGCAAGAAGGUAUCUGUGCCAUGAGAGGUUGGGGUAUUAACACUUUCGUUUUCGAGGCCUUCGAUGAAGCCUGGAAGCCCGAGACUUCCGGCUCUUCCGUUGAGCCUUACUGGGGUGUCUUUGACAAGGACGGCAAUAUUAAGUUCGACAUUUCUUGUGACUUUACCUCAUAA